GAUACAUCUGCCAAUGCCUCGUAAAGCACUGCGCGCCCAGCGGAUUAAGCAAGGCCUUUAAGAGCGGGUGAAUUCCAGGCGUCGUGUGGGCUUGCUGUUGCAUGGUGCCGGAGCAAGUCGUCCCAGACAUAAAAAAGAUCUGGCGCACCUUGCUGAUUCUACGAAUCGCUUUUUCUCGUCUUUUUGAGAAACUACUAUCGAAAGCCCAAGUUUUCAAUACUAUCGCACGAUGAGUAGUCCAAGUGUACCGGGAAAUGUCUCUUCCAGGUUCACAUCGACCUCUACUCCACCGGUCCUAUCAACUCAGACUCCAGCGCAGCCAGCAGCGUCAUCCAGUGCUCCAUUAAACACCCUUACUGCAAGUACAACUGGGCCAGAGCCGACAGAUCAGUCGAUGUCAUCGUCUCACACGGGUUCUACAAAUUUGGCCUCCGCUAUCUACUUCUACCUAGCAACCGAGAGUCAAAUAACAACAAAAAUUGGUGACUCUACUUCCAUCAUUACGACAGACGUGUCUGUUGGAGUUCCAGAGACUCUGAGUUCUGGCAGUUACAAAUACCUCGCCACCACCAGCACAUCCAGCAUCAAUGGAAAUAUCAUUACGAUGAUUCCAAUCAGCGUUGGCACGCCAUUCCCAACUAAUUUGAUUAAAAUAAACAAGGGGCUCUCAGCUGGUGACAGCGCUGCCAUAGGCAUCGGAGGGGUGAUACUGGGAGUGAUUUUGGCUGCCGCUUUCUGGUUUCUUCGCUUUUUUCACAAAAAGCGGCGAGGACGCAACCUCUAUAGCAACAGAGGCUCGACCGGUCAGUACGAAGAGCAUAGGAUGACCAACUCCAAGGCUGCCUUAGCGCGCGCCUCCGCUUUAGUUCCCAAAAGCUCAGCUGCCGUCGUUUUAUACAACCAUAUUCCCCAACCUGUUGACGACAACACUAUAAAAUCUGGAUAUUCGAAGCUGAAAAGCCGCAUUGACGGUCAUGUUCAGAAGUUCUACUUUUCUAAGGGUGGAGACGAGAAAUCUGUCAUCGACGGAUUUUCUCGUGCGUUCGCAGGAGAUGCGCCAAUACCCUCUUCACACCAUUUACAGAGCAUCCUAGGUGAUUCUCAGUCCAGAAUGCGAGUUCUCCAAGCGGGAAUCGCCUCGAUCGUCAUAACACGCAUGCUUCCGGACGGCCCGCCUGCCCAGUCAUUUCUGCCUUUGGUCUUCACACACGCGUACGCGUCUUUUUCCAACAAUACUCUAGAUGGGCAAGUUCGCGCUGCAUUUCGUGGUCAGUGGCGGGUGAUAAGUGCUUGCCUUUCGCAAUCCUUGUACGGUAGAGACAGCAUAACAGAGGAUGAUCCACGCAUCACGAACAUUCAGGAGGCGCGUGCACGAGCAGAUCUCUUCCUUCGGCCACUUGCCGCAACCAACGAUCACGAAAGCAGGCUGAGAAAUCUGGAAGAGAUCAUGAAGCGAGCCGCACGCCUGGGCUGGCUCAUCUUCUCUCAGCCGUCGGAAUACGCCGCUGACUGGACAGACAAGGGAAGAGGCGUUGUUUACCCAGCCCUCUUGCAGCUGACCGACGAAAACGGCGAGGCGCACCCAUCUCCUGUUGUUUUUAGCCCACAGGAGCCCAUGAUGCAAUAG